AUGAACAUUAAGCAGCGGGAGGACGAGACGUUGAGGUCCUACAUAACCCGUUUCAACAAGGAGGCCCUCUCAAUUGACGAAGCAAAUGACAAGAUACUCGUAGCAGCAUUCACUAAUGGGUUACGAAAUUGUAAGUUCUUGUUUUCUCUAUACAAGAACGAUCCAAAGACCAUGUCGGAUGUGCUUUACAGGGCUACCAAAUAUAUGAACGCGAAAGACGCACUGCUGGCCCGUAAGGAUAAGCCUAGAAAAAGGGAAAGACAGGAGGACACACGACAGGAUAGGAGGCGAAAGAUCAAAGACGAAGAAGCCCUGAUAUUUCCUGGCAAGUUGAAGGGAGAUCCCAGCAAGAGGCCAAGGGAUAAGUACUGUCGCUUCCAUCGAGACCACGGGCACAACAUAGCUAACUACUAUGAUCUAAAACAGCAGAUAGAGGCCCAUAUAAGACAGGGGAAGCUACAGAGGUUUGUUAGCAAGGAAAGAAGGGAUCCACCCCAAGAGCAGGGCCUACGACAGGAGAAUGAAUGCCCAAAACCGCCCAUUGGAGACAUAAGGAUGAUCGUAGGGGGCACGACAACUUUUGGGUUAUCUAAAAAAGCUCGGAAGACCUACCUAAGAACGGUCUAG